AAAAAAAUAAAAGAACUUAUUUUGAAAAUCUCCCCUUCUUCUCCGUGUCCUUCUCCAUCUUUCUCUGAGAUACGGUACAGGAACGCUUCUCUGCAAUUCGACUUUCUCCUCUAGAUCGCUGAUCUAAAGUUCCUCUCCUCGCAAUUUGACCUCCUAUACUUGCCUAUAUUACACACAACCUUCGAUCUCCUUCUCUGGCUCACUCUCUUUUCAUACAAAUCUUUCUAUAUUUCGGACUCUAAAUACAUACAGACCCGUGUUUUGUAAGCAUACAUAUUCGUUUGAUUUUUUCGGAUAAUUGGAGUAGUAGUUGCAUAAGAUAUGGAUGCGAUCGAGGAAUUGUCGCAGCUGGCUGAUUCCAUGCGGCAAGCCACGGCGGUGCUUGCUGACGAGGACGUUGACGAGAACUCAUCGUCUUCAUCUUCUUCGCGGCGCACCACUACCUUCCUCAACGCCGUUGCUCUCGGCAAUGUCGGAGCUGGUAAAUCUGCUGUUUUGAACAGUCUAAUUGGACAUCCUGUUUUACCAACCGGUGAAAAUGGUGCUACUCGGGCCCCAAUUAGUAUUGAUUUAAGUAGAGAUGACUCUUUGAACAGCAAGUCAAUAAUCUUGCAAAUUGACAAUAAAUCUCAACAGGUUUCUGCAAGUGCGCUUCGCCAUUCUCUACAGGAAAGGCUGAGCAAGGCUUCUUCUGGAAAGAGUCGCGAUGAAAUAUAUCUGAAGCUUCGUACUAGUACAGCUCCUCCAUUAAAGCUGAUUGACUUACCUGGAUUGGACCAGCGAACAAUGGAUGAUUCAACGGUUAGUGAAUAUGUGGAACACAAUGAUGCUAUUUUGCUAGUUAUAAUACCGGCUUCCCAAGCCCCAGAAAUUUCGUCAUCUCGAGCGCUCAGGAUUGCCAAGGAAUAUGAUGGAGAAAGUACUAGAACAAUUGGUGUUAUUAGUAAAAUUGAUCAAGCAGCCUCAGACUCGAAAGCGCUAGCGGCUGUUCAGGCUCUCCUGUUGAAUCAGGGACCAACAAAAACAUCUGAUAUCCCAUGGAUAGCUCUAAUUGGUCAAUCUGUUUCAAUAGCUUCUGCACAAUCUGGAAGUGCUGCAGCUGAGAGUUCUUUAGAAACUGCAUGGCGUGCAGAGAGUGAAAGCCUAAAAUCUAUAUUGACUGGAGCCCCUCAAAGCAAACUCGGUAGAGUGGCAUUGGUGGAUGCUCUUGCUGGUCAGAUUCGUAGCCGUAUGAAACUCAGACUUCCAAAUCUCCUUUCUGGCCUUCAGGGUAGGUCUCAAAUAGUUCAGGAUGAACUGGUAAGACUUGGAGCACAGAUGGUUCAAAGUUCUGAAGGUACAAGGGCUCUGGCUUUGGAGCUGUGUCGUGAAUUCGAGGACAAAUUUCUCCAACAUAUAAUGGGUGGUGAAGGUAAUGGUUGGAAAGUUGUUGCAACUUUUGAGGGAAAUUUUCCGAACAGGAUCAAGCAACUCCCUUUAGAUAGACAUUUUGAUAUGAACAAUGUCAAAAGGAUCGUAUUAGAAGCAGAUGGUUAUCAACCUUAUCUUAUCUCUCCGGAGAAAGGACUAAGGUCCUUAAUAAAAAUUGUCCUAGAGCUGGCAAAGGAGCCAGGACAAAUGUGUGUUGAAGAGGUGCAUCGUGUAUUGGUAGAUAUUGUUUCUUCAGCUGCAAAUGCAACACCUGGUCUCGGAAGAUAUCCCUCUUUCAAGAGAGAGGUUGUGGCUAUUGCAAGUGCUGCACUUGAUGAGUUCAAGAAUGAAUCUAAAAAGAUGGUAGUUGCUCUAGUUGAUAUGGAGCGUGCCUUUGUUCCUCCUCAACACGUCAUCCGUUUGGUGCAAAGGCGAAUGGAGAGGCAGCGCCGCGAGGAAGAGCAAAAGACUCGAUCUUCUAGAAAAGGAGUUGACGCAGAGCAGUCCAUCUUAAAUAGGGCCACUAGUCCCCAGACAGCAGGCCAACACUCUGGAGGAAGCUUGAAAUCAAUGAAAGACAAGCCCAAUCAGCAAGAUAAGGAAGCCCAAGAGGGGUCAGGCCUGAAGAUUGCAGGGCCUGAUGGUGAGAUAGCAGCAGGAUUUUUAUUGAAAAAAAGCGGAAAAACAAGUGGAUGGAAUAAGCGGUGGUUUGUUUUAAAUGAGAAAACAGGAAAGCUUGGUUACACCAAAAAACAAGAAGAAAGACACUUUCGUGGCGUAAUCGCACUGGAGGAAUGUAUUAUUGAGGAACUUUCUGAUGAUGAAGAAGCCCCAUCCAAAAGUUCGAAAGAUAAGAAGGCAAAUGCUGAAAAGGCACCAGGUCUUCUUUUCAAGAUAAGUAGUAAAGUUCCAUACAAGACCGUCUUAAAAGCACAAAGUAGUGUUUUAUUAAAGGCUGAGAGUGUGGCAGAUAAAGUUGAGUGGCUUAACAAGUUACGAAAUGUUGUCCAGCCUACUAAAGGUGGUCAGGCGAAGGGUGAAUUUGCUCCUCCCAUGCACCAAAGUCUGUCCGAUGGUUCACUUGAUACAAUGGCUCGAAGACCUGCAGACCCAGAAGAAGAGCUCCGCUGGAUGUCACAAGAAGUACGUGGCUAUGUUGAGGCUGUUCUUAACAGUCUGGCGGCCAAUGUCCCAAAAGCAGUUGUCCUUUGCCAAGUGGAGAAAGCUAAGGAAGACAUGCUUAAUCAGCUGUAUAGUUCUAUUAGUGCUCAAAGUUCAGACAGGAUCGAGCAGCUGAUCCAGGAGGAUCAGAAUGUAAAACGUAAAAGGGAACGCUAUCAGAAACAGUCUUCUCUUCUUUCAAAACUCACAAGGCAACUUAGCAUCCAUGACAAUCGAGCAGCUGCUGCUUCAAAUUGGUCUGAUGGCAGCGGUGCAGACAGCAGUCCGAGAACCAGCGGGGCCUCGGGCGGUGAUGACUGGAGAUCUGCAUUUGAUGCUGCUGCCAAUGGACCAGUUAACUCGUUCAGAUCUGGGUCCAACCGCCACAGCCGACAUUAUAGUGAUCCAGCUCAGAAUGGUGAUGGGGGCUCUGGCUCAAAUUCCAGUAGCCGUCGCACACCUACCCGUUUGCCACCAGCACCACCGCAGUCUGGUUCAUCCUAUAGGUAUUAGUAAAGCUCGACAGCAAUUGUUAUCAUUCCUGCAUUCUUGGUGUUUGCUUCUCCGGAUAUUGAGCAUUUCUCAAGCUCACCAAGUUUUUUUGUAUUAGUGGAUGUAGGCUUUCUUGUAGAUAUAUCACUACCCCAGUAAUUUUGAAAUAUAUACCUGGUUAUAUUCAUCACAAUCCAAUUCUUUACAACCUUUUUUUUCUUAAA